AUGUCACGAAAGCGAGUCAAGAGAACGUCUAAGACUGACAACGGUCACAUAGGAUGCCAACUCCACAAUGACGACGAGAUCCGUAAGACCAGGUGUAAUGGUCUCCAGAAAUCUGGACAGCGAUGUCGUUACAAGGUCAACCGUGCCGCUGCUGAAGCUCUCAUUGCCGACGGAUACUUGCCUGUAUGCGGCGUUCAUAGAGAACAACAUAUCUACCGCGGGUACUGCGAAGCAACUGCGGAGUGUGGCGAGCGCUGCAACCGCCUUGUGAUAUGUAAGCCGCCAGAGAACCAGUUAUGUGAAGACCAUGAAGAGGUACAGCUGACAUGUCACAUCAUGAAGCUGCCGACCGAAUUGCGUCUCAUGAUCUUUGACUUGCUCAUCCCCGAAGGGGACAUUUCGUUUCACAACACCGGCAAUGGACUGUCUAGCACGGCGGCGUUGCUUCGCGUCAACAAACAGAUUUCGAACGAAGUCGCAAGCCUCUUCUUUGGGUCUGCGAAGAGAACAUGCGUCAUCCAGUUUCCAACAGCUUGGCCUAGAGGCGUCUCGGCUGGGACGCUUUACUCGACCCGAUUCUUAGAUUUCUUGCCAAUAGAUACCUCGUCACUGGCAAAGUCAAGCGUGUACCGCUUUCGGCACUUCGAGAUCAACAUCAAGCUUGGUUACGCUUUGAUGGAUGAUUGUGCGUUCUAUGAAUUCCUGGAGGGGUUUCAGAGAAUGCUUUAUUGUGUUCAGCGACCGCACGCAGGAUCAACUACUUCACCGUUUUCCCGGAAUGUCGUUGAGGGUCAACACACUGUCACCAAUCCCGAGCAAACAAGGUCAUGCCGAGUCAAAUACUCUUUUGACAGCAAUGAACUCUCCUGGGGCGAUGGCGGAAUGCCCGACUGGUCGUACCCAGAAGAAAUAUUUGCCGUCGUUAGAGCAGUUCAAGGUGUGCUAGUCAUCGUGGAUUUCGAGCCAAUUGUCCAACACGAGACUGUAGUCUUACGCUAUGGCUCAGGAAGUCUCCACUCAAGUGAUACUAAAUUUGUUGUUACAAAGGACAAAGUUUUAAUCGAGGGGGCCGGAGCUGCGAGAACUUUUGAAAAGAGGGUGGACGCCGCGAGGCAGUCAUUGAAGAAUGCAUGGUCCAAUCACACAAUACGCUACUUCCAAAGCACCAGCGCUGUACGUUGGCAGAUGUUCGAGAAGAUUCGCAAGCUUUGCACUGCGUUUUACGGCAUGGACAUAGCCAAGAACGACAUUGUUUCCAAAUCCACUGUGUGCAGAGAAGACAUUCGGUUCAUGUAUGAACAAGCCACAAACGCUCAUCAAUUCAUUGCAGCUGCGCGAUAUGCGCUUGCAUGCCUUGAUACUGGAACGCUCGCGAGAAUGCUGAGAGACCUACGAGAUUUCUGGCAGACAUACUGUCGUUGCAGCGUCACGGCACUCCAUGAGUCAAACAAGGCCGUCUACGACUUUUUCCAGCAUCCCGAGGUUCAGACGCCGUACGAGGAAAUCCGGAACGACACUUUUAAAAUUUCAAAGCCCAAACUACUAUCGUGGCCGAUCCCACGCUUUCGGUGUCCGUUCUUGGGAGGUGCUGAGAUCGAAUACGACGGUUUAUUUGAAAGCUGCCGGGUAAACGGCGUGAGAUUCUAUCAGCCGCUGACACCACGCAAAGCACUGGAACGCUACCGAGAGCUCGAGGAAAAUGAGGUCUAA